GGGAGUCACUCUCGGCCGCCGCCGCCGGCGCAGCGAGCGGAGACGGGCCGGGCCGCGGCGACCUGACCUGGACGUGCGGCGCGCGGGGCCCCGGCGGGGGCGGGAGGAAGCGCGGGCAGCGCCGGCCGCCGGGCCCAGGAGCAGCGGCGCGGAGAGGAGCUGGGACACGGGCGGGGCCGCCGCCGCUCCGGAUGGGACCAGCGCCCUGGGCCCGUUAGUCCAGGCAGGAGCUGGAGGAGCCGGCCCGGGAGAUUCACCCCGCUUCCCCUCCCCUCCGGCCCAGGCCUCGCUUUGCGCCCCGCCCGCCCAUGGUCCGGGUCCCUCCGCGGCGCGGCCCCCUCGCCCCUUACCCCCUCGUCCUCCUCUUCGCAGCUUUGUGCCCUCCGAGCCCCUUCAGCUGUGGGGUCCCCCAGUCCUUGUGUUUGUACCAGCCCGCCCCCCACCCCCACCCCCACCCCAUCCCAGUCUCGGGUCUCCUUUGCCUUCUCCGCUUUAGACCCAUCAGGCGACUUCACCUCUCGCUGUCCCCAUCCCGGGGGCAGCCCCCCUUGGUCCCCCCCGCCCACCGCCCUCCUCUUAGCCCUCAGUGUUUGUCCUAGGUCGGUGGGCCCACUCCUGCCCACCCCCUGGGGCUUCCUCCCGUCACCCUCCUGGGGGACCCCCGCCACCUGGUAUCCCAGCCCACGGGCUGGUCUCACUUCUCUUCCUACCCUCUUCCUCCAGUUCCAGGCUUGGGCUGGUGCCUCGUCUGUAGGCCAGAGCCGCCCCAGGUUCGCGGGAAGGUGGGGUGGCUGCUUUCUUUCUCCCCAUGGCACUGCCAUCCCUCCUGUUGUUGGUGGCAGCCCUGGCAGGUGGGGUGCGUCCUCCUGGGGCGCGGAACCUGACGCUGGCGGUGGUGCUGCCAGAACGCAACCUGAGCUAUGCCUGGGCCUGGCCACGGGUGGGUCCUGCUGUGGCACUGGCUGUGGAGGCGCUGGGCCGGGCACUGCCCGUGGACCUGCGGUUUGUCAGCUCUGAACUAGACGGCGCCUGCUCUGAGUACCUGGCACCACUGCGCGCCGUGGACCUCAAGCUGUACCAUGACCCCGACCUUCUGUUGGGCCCGGGUUGCGUGUACCCCGCUGCCUCUGUGGCCCGCUUUGCCUCACACUGGCACCUUCCCUUGCUGACGGCGGGCGCUGUGGCCUCUGGUUUUGCGGCUAAGAAUGAGCAUUAUCGUACCCUGGUGCGCACUGGCCCCUCUGCUCCCAAGCUGGGUGAGUUUGUAGUGACGUUACACGGGCACUUCAAUUGGACUGCCCGGGCUGCCUUGCUGUAUCUGGACGCUCGCACAGAUGACCGGCCUCACUACUUCACCAUCGAGGGCGUCUUUGAGGCUCUGCAGGGCAGCAACCUCAGUGUGCACCACCAGGUGUAUGCCGGCGAGCCAGGGGGCCCUGAGCAGGCCACCCACUUCAUCCGGGCCAACGGGCGCAUUGUGUAUAUCUGUGGCCCUCUGGAGAUGCUCCAUGAGAUCCUGCUUCAGGCGCAGAGGGAGAACCUGACCAAUGGGGACUAUGUCUUCUUUUACCUGGAUGUCUUUGGGGAGAGUCUCCGUGCAGGCCCUACGCGCUCUACAGGCCGGCCUUGGCAGGACAAUCGCACCGGGGAACAGGCCCAGGCUCUCAGAGAGGCGUUCCAGACAGUAUUGGUGAUCACAUACCGAGAACCCCCCAAUCCUGAGUAUCAGGAAUUCCAGAAUCGUCUGCUGAUAAGAGCCCGGGAAGAUUUUGGUGUGGAGCUGGCCCCCUCCCUGAUGAACCUCAUUGCUGGCUGCUUCUAUGACGGGAUCCUGUUAUAUGCUGAAGUCCUGAAUGAGACGAUACAGGAAGGGGGCACCCGGGAAGAUGGACUUCGGAUUGUGGAAAAGAUGCAGGGACGGAGAUACCACGGUGUAACUGGACUGGUUGUCAUGGACAAGAACAAUGACCGGGAGACUGAUUUUGUCCUAUGGGCCAUGGGAGACCUGGAUUCAGGGGACUUUCAGCCUGCAGCCCACUACUCAGGAGCCGAGAAGCAGAUUUGGUGGACUGGGCGGCCUAUCCCCUGGGUGAAGGGGGCUCCCCCCUUGGACAAUCCCCCCUGUGCCUUUGACAUGGACGACCCAUCCUGUGAUAAAACUCCGCUUUCAACCCUGGCAAUUGUGGCUCUGGGCACAGGAAUCACUUUCAUCAUGUUUGGUGUUUCCAGCUUCCUCAUUUUCCGUCCUUACAGAAAGCUGAUGCUGGAGAAGGAGCUGGCCAGCAUGUUGUGGCGCAUUCGCUGGGAAGAACUGCAGUUUGGCAAUUCAGAGCGAUAUCAUAAAGGUGCAGGCAGUCGCCUCACACUGUCACUGCGGGGAUCCAGUUACGGCUCGCUCAUGACAGCCCAUGGGAAAUACCAGAUCUUUGCCAACACCGGUCACUUCAAGGGAAAUGUCGUUGCCAUCAAGCAUGUGAAUAAGAAGCGCAUUGAGCUGACCCGGCAGGUUCUGUUUGAACUCAAACAUAUGAGGGAUGUUCAGUUCAACCAUCUCACUCGCUUCAUUGGUGCCUGUAUAGACCCUCCCAACAUUUGCAUCGUCACCGAGUAUUGCCCUCGUGGGAGUUUACAGGAUAUUCUGGAAAAUGACAGCAUCAACUUGGACUGGAUGUUUCGUUAUUCGCUCAUCAAUGACCUUGUAAAGGGCAUGGCCUUUCUCCAUAACAGCAUUAUUGCAUCCCAUGGGAGUCUCAAGUCCUCCAACUGUGUGGUGGAUAGUCGUUUUGUGCUCAAAAUCACAGACUAUGGCCUAGCCAGCUUCCGAUCAACUGCUGAACCUGAUGACAGCCACGCCCUCUAUGCCAAGAAGCUGUGGACUGCCCCAGAACUGCUCAGUGGGAACCCCCUGCCAACCACGGGCAUGCAGAAGGCUGAUGUCUAUAGCUUUGGGAUCAUCCUACAGGAGAUAGCACUUCGGAGUGGUCCUUUUUACUUGGAGGGCCUGGACCUGAGUCCUAAAGAGAUUGUCCAGAAGAUCCGAAAUGGUCAGCGGCCCUAUUUCCGGCCAAGUAUUGACCGGACCCAACUGAAUGAAGAACUAGUUUUGCUAAUGGAGCGAUGUUGGGCCCAGGACCCAGCUGAGCGACCAGACUUUGGACAGAUCAAGGGCUUCAUUCGCCGCUUUAAUAAGGAGGGUGGCACCAGCAUAUUGGACAACCUCCUGUUGCGCAUGGAACAGUAUGCCAAUAACCUGGAGAAGCUGGUGGAGGAACGCACACAGGCCUAUCUGGAGGAGAAACGCAAGGCUGAAGCUCUGCUCUACCAAAUUCUUCCCCAUUCAGUGGCGGAGCAGUUAAAACGGGGAGAGACGGUACAGGCCGAGGCCUUUGACAGUGUGACCAUCUACUUCAGCGACAUUGUGGGCUUCACAGCUUUGUCAGCAGAGAGCACCCCAAUGCAGGUGGUGACACUUCUUAAUGACCUGUAUACCUGCUUCGAUGCCAUAAUUGACAACUUUGAUGUCUACAAGGUAGAGACCAUUGGAGAUGCCUAUAUGGUGGUAUCUGGUCUCCCGGGCCGAAAUGGUCAACGCCAUGCUCCAGAAAUUGCUCGUAUGGCCCUAGCAUUAUUGGAUGCAGUUUCUUCCUUCCGCAUCCGCCACCGACCCCACGACCAGCUGAGGCUACGCAUAGGGGUCCACACAGGGCCCGUCUGUGCUGGGGUGGUUGGCCUGAAGAUGCCCCGCUAUUGUCUUUUUGGAGACACAGUGAAUACCGCUUCCCGAAUGGAGUCAAAUGGUCAAGCCUUGAAGAUCCACGUCUCCUCUACCACCAAGGAUGCUCUGGAUGAGCUAGGAUGCUUCCAGCUAGAGCUUCGGGGUGAUGUGGAGAUGAAGGGAAAAGGAAAGAUGCGAACUUAUUGGCUCCUAGGAGAGCGUAAAGGACCUGCUGGACUCCUGUAAACCCCAUUUCUUCCCCAAUUGGACAGUCUCCUGCAGCUGGUACCUGGGUGGGCAGUGACCACCAUCUCUCCACAUACCAGAAACCAGCAUCGUUACAUGAGAUGGAAACCAAUGUGCACAAACACCCUACCUUGUAUCAAAGUUGUUGCCCUUUGCAGCUCAGUCUUGUACAUAUCCCCCCACCCCUUCUCUUGCCUGGUCCCUUUCCUCCCUCCAUUCUGUAAAUAUCUGUAUCUAAACCAGAAUAUUUUGGCCAAAUAUAGAACAACAAAAAAGUCAUGGUGUCAUAGUCUGGGUUAGGGGCAACUCUCAGGAAAGGUUAUAGGGUAUGGACAUGAAAACUCACAGAAUCACUGAACUAGCAAUCUCGGGAUGAAAGAGAACCCUUUAUGUAAAGUCCUUUCACCAAAUACAGACUUCACCUUCUCCCCACUUUUCCACUACAAACAAAUCAAUCUCAUAGUCUACUUCUGUCUUCAACCCUUAAGUAGGAGUAGUUCUACACCCUUUACUACCCAGCCCACCUCCCUGACAGACAAGGGAAGAUAUUUCUCCUAAAUGGUGGGAGAAAUCCUCAGGUUCGUAGGGCAGAGGCUGCCCUAGAGACAAAGGCACUGGUGUUGAGAAGCUGCAGUUCUUCCGGAAUGGUGUGUCCAAUGUCUUGAUAUUACUGACACCCUGAAAGAGUGCCAGAAUGAAGACAGAUCCCCUCACCAAGCCAGAACAGAAGAGCCUCUUCUUCUCUUUCUCCACCCCCAGCCCCAUCUUCCAGUCACCCUCACACACCGGUAGCUGUGAUGCCCUCUGCUUCCAGAAGGUUUCAGGUUGCUCCUGACGGUAGUCGUGAGGCUGAAGAGAAAGACUGGAUUAAUUUUUGGCCUGAAGCUCCCUCUGUCAACCCCAGGGCUUGCUUCUUUCCUAGCUCAUCAGAGCUCAGCUGUAUAAGUAGGGUGGGAUGGGUUCUCACCUUUGUUGGGGCCGGAGGCCCCGCUUGCACCAGCUCCUUUUUGUAGUCAUGGUGUGUCACAGACUCGACCUCAGAGUGCUUCCUUGUGGUUUCCUGUUCCACCUGUACCUCUUUACUAUACAGCCCUGGGAUAGUCAAGGCCAUUCUCCCCUGGUUUUUGACCUCCCCCUCCCUUUCCCUCUUCACCCAGCCUCUCACCAGAUUUGGUGGUGCAGGACCAUCUCCAGCAUGGCUUCACGCUUCCCUAUGGGAGGGCAGAGUGUGGAAAGUGAGGAAGUCUGGUUAAGAAGGAGGGCCAGAAUAAGCAAAUUUGAGAAAAGGAAGGAAAAUUGUAGGCGUUUGCCCUUAUUUCCAUAGGACAAUUAAAAAUCCCAUGAGAAAUUCAUUCCUCUCUUUUUCUCUCUAACGGAUUUAUUCUGUCACUCCCUCAUGCUUCUCACCUCGAAGAGGCUGGUGGUGAUUUCUCAGGAACUGAUAAGAAUCUUUCUGGGUGGUGCUGCAGGACAUGGGUGACUGUAGCUGCAGGGUCAGCAGUCCCUGGUGUCCAUGUCGGAAGAAGUAACUCUCAGAGCCAUCCUGCAUGCUUGGGACUUGAUCCAGGUGGUUGGUGGCUCUCUAUGGACCCCAAAUUAAAUUACCAUGAUAUCUUUUCCCGUACUACCUUCAUCAUCAACUACUGCUUCCCCCAGGAAACUGGGGAGGGGCAGCCUUCAAGAAAAGGGAGUAAGUCAAAACUGUAAUACCUCCUCCUCCCAGUUGUAGAGAAGACAUUGGCCCCUUGGCAUUGUUUCAUGAAGAAAUUCACACUUCUCUUCAGCCUCAGGGGGCUUCCAUAACCCUCGAACACCAGGUUCUGGGACUUGCAAACAUUCCCAUGGUGGUUGUUUCUGAGGCUCCCCAUGGCACGAAGCAUAAUUAAGGGCCAGAUCUGCCCCAGGAGUCCUGAAGCUUGAAGGAGCACAGAGCCUGACCUCAGAGACAUUGACACAAACUGGACUAUGCCCAGAUUUAGGGGCAGGACCAGCACCUCUACCAGAACUAUAACAAGGACUAGAGUCAUGGUCAAGACCAGAGCUGGAGCCCUGAGCAGCGGCAGGAUAAGAACGAGGGCCAAUUGAAGUACAGGCAUCCUCAGUAAUAGAGGAAAGACGGACAGGAUCACAGCU